AUGAUAAAUAAUAAUAAUAAAACAGUUGCAAUUAUAGGAUUUGGACCAGCAGGUAUAUGUUCAACAAAAUCAUCAAUUGAAAAUGGAUUAAUACCAACAGUAUUUGAAAUGUCAUCAGAAUUGGGUGGUGUUUGGAAUCCUUCAAUUGGAAAAUGUUGGGAUAAUCUUACAACCAAUGUCUCAAGAUAUGUUAUGUGUUUUUCAGAUUUUGAUUAUCAUAAUGAUGAUUAUGAUAUUUUUCCAAAUUAUAAAACAGUAUAUCAAUAUCUAAUAAACUAUGUGAAUCAUUUCCAAUUAAAAAAAUAUGUAGAAUUUAAUUCAAAAGUUAUUAAAGUUGAAAGAAUUGAUUCUGAUUCCAAUACUAUAGUAACAACAACCUCGGAGGAAAAAGAAGAAAAAGAUAAAAUAAUUAAAAUAACUUGGAUAAAUAGUAAUGAUAAUAAAACCUAUUCAAAAAUAUUUGAUUAUUUAAUAGUUGCAACUGGAUUAUUUUCAAAACCACAAAAUUCAACAAUGUAUGAAAAUGAAUUAAAACAAUUUACAGGUAAAAUUAUUCAUUCACAAGAUUAUAAAAAUAAUGAAAUUUAUAAAGAAAAGAAUGUUUUAGUAUUAGGUUCAUCAACAUCAGCAUGUGAAAUAUCAGCAGAGAUAUCAAUGGUAACCAAGAAAUGUAUAAUUGUGGGUCAUGAAAAUUCAUAUAUCUAUAGUAAACUUUUACCAAAUGAAAACGGUUCAAAAUUAGUACCAUUAGAUUCCUUACUUUUUCAAAGAUCAAAAUCAUAUGAACAACAAUCAUUACCAAAAGAUGAAUUUUCAAAAUUAAAAAAACAAAUGAAUUUAAAAUAUUGUCCAAAUCAAAGUAAAGAAAUUAAUCCAACCUCAAAGAUAAUUGUAAAUACACCAACUGAUAAAACAUUAGGAUUUGUAGCAUCUUCAUCAUAUAUAGAACAAGUUGAAAAUGGUUUUAUUUCAGUUCAUUGUGGUAAUGAAUUCACAAUAAAAUCAUCAUCAAAGAAAUCAAUCAAAAUUUCAAAUUGUUUAGGUGAAACUCAUACAGAAGAUAACAUUGAUUUCGUUAUACUUUGUAAUGGAUAUCAACCAGAUUUAUCAUUUUUUGAUGAAACCAUAUUAAAUUCAAUUGAUUAUUUACCAUCAGAUUCAAAAAGACCACUUUGUUUAUAUAAGAAUAUAUUUGCUCCAAAUUCUAAAAAUAUAGCAUUCAUUUCAUUCUUUAGAAGUUUAUUUGUUGCAGAAGUUGAAUUAAUGUCAAGAAUGAUAACAAUGAUAUUUAGUUCAAAAAUUCCAUAUCCAACUGAAUUUGAAAUUAAAAAUGGUUUUAUAAAUAGAGGAAAUAAUAAUAUUAAUAAUAAUAAUGAUCCACCUUAUUUUUUAGUAGCUGGUUCAACAGUUUUAUGUGAUCAAAUUGCAAAGGAGAUUGGUGUAUUACCAGAUUUUAAAAAAUUAAAACAAUCAGACCCAAAAUUGUAUGAUCAAUUAUGGAAUGGUUAUUUCACUCCUGCGACAUAUCGUUUAGUUGGUAAUGGUUCAAAUCCAAAAGUUGCAAAAGAAAUGAUUGAAAAAGUUAAUAAAAUAUAUGAUAAACUUUGUAAUUAA